GCUCUGCUCUCCUCUGCUCCCCUUUCGCCCCUCGCUCCCUCCCUCCCUCCUUCCCUCCGCCGGAGAGUGAGCUAUGUUGGUGCGGCAGCAGAAGCCUUUGCUCUUCCACCACUCCAUCCCCAUCUCCAUCUCCGUCCCCAUCCACCACGAGCACGGCCUUUUUCCCUCCUCCUCUGCGCUCCUAGGUUAGGAGGAGGGGCUUUUCAAAGGGGCGAGCAAAAGAGAAAGUCCUUGCAUACCCCAACAAGGCAACCCGCUGCUGCCUUUUUCUCGCUCCCCCCUCCCUCUCCCUCUCUCUCCUCUCCCCCUCCCUCUCCCCUGCUUUCUUGUUAUCUUCAGCCCAGCCAACGAGAGCGGAGCAGAGCAGGGCAGAGGGAGGCGUAGGGGUGGACCGAAACGUCGGACAGCAAGCAGGGAGGAAGGGAAGACGGCCGGCAUGUGGGAUCUCAAUGACUCGCCGGCCGCCGAGGCGGCACACGCGCCGCUGUCCCCCUCCGUCGACGACUCCGGCGCCUCAUCCUCCUCGGCCGCCGCGGUGGUGGAGAUACCCGACGACGGCGAGGACGACUCCGCCGAGGCCGUCGUCACGCGCCAGUUCUUCCCCCCGGCCGCCCCGGGCGAGGGCGCCGCCGGGAACGGCCGCGCGGCGUGGCUCCGCCUGGCCGGCGCUCCCGCGCCCGCCGUGGCCGCAGCUGCCGCGGCCGCCGCAGGAGGAGGAGGAGGAGGAGGCGGAGGCCCCGCGGCGUCGGCGGCGGCCAAGAAGAGCCGGCGCGGGCCGCGGUCGCGCAGCUCGCAGUACCGCGGCGUCACCUUCUACCGCCGGACGGGCCGGUGGGAGUCGCACAUAUGGGAUUGCGGCAAGCAGGUCUAUCUGGGUAAGUUUCCUCCAUCUCCAACAUGUCCAUACAUCCGGAUCGGUCGCCAAUUGGCGGCCGGCCGGCGUUUUUCCGUUCCCAGUUCCUCACACUGGCUUUGCUCGGCUCGUCGCUCGCGAAUUGCAGGAGGAUUCGACACUGCUCAUGCGGCGGCUCGGGCGUACGAUCGGGCGGCGAUCAAGUUCCGCGGCAUGGAGGCCGACAUCAACUUCAGCCUGGAGGAUUACGACGACAUCAAGCAGAUGGGCAACCUGACCAAGGAGGAGUUCGUCCACGUGCUCCGGCGGCAGAGCACGGGGUUCCCCCGGGGCAGCUCCAAGUACCGGGGCGUCACGCUCCACAAGUGCGGCAGGUGGGAGGCGCGGAUGGGCCAGUUCCUCGGCAAGAAGUACGUCUACUUGGGGCUGUUCGAUACCGAGGAGGAAGCCGCCAGGUCGUACGACCGCGCGGCCAUCAAGUGCAACGGCAAGGACGCGGUGACAAACUUCGAUCCCAGCACUUACGCCGAGGAGUUCGAGCCCACGGCUUCGGCCGGCGACGCCGAGCAGAACCUGGACUUGUCGCUGGGGAGCUCCGCGGGGUCCAACAAGAGGGGCAGCCUCGACGGCGGCGACGACGACGGCGCGGCCGGGCCCGACCAGCGCGUCCCCAUGGCCUUCGAGCUCGACUGGCAGACGGCGGCGGCGCGGAGCACCAAGGCCAAGUUCGACCAGAGCUUCACGCAUCACCAGAUGCCCCCUCCGCUCCUGCAAGCCUCCCACAUGCCCUUCAGUCCCAGGCAUCACCAAUUCAUGGGCAACGGUGAUCCGGGGACAGCGGGAGGCCCGUCGCUGACGGUCGGCGCCGGCGGCGGGGGCGGGCACUGGCCCCUGCCUCCGCACCACCAAUACCAGCCGCCGCCGCCUCCGCAGCAGCAGCAGCAGCAGCAGCAGAGGCUGCAUGGCUGGGGCAACGUCGUCCCCGGCACGAGCUGGCAGCCGCCCCAGCCGCCGCCGCACCACCAGGCGGGGCCGCCGCCGAACAACGCUGCCGCCGCCGCAGCAGCAGCCGCAGCAUCAUCACGAUUCCCACCCUACAUCGCCACGCAGGCGCAGAGCUGGCUCCAGAAGAACGGGUUCCACUCGCUGGCCCGCCCCACCUAGGUACCCGGAGACCAUCCGUCGAGAGCAGCCAGCGCGCGCGUCCAUCCAUCCAUGAUCCAUCCAUGGCGAAGGUCGAUCGACAGGUGUGUGUGUGUUCCACCGAACCAGGCGAAAUCACGGAGGAACAUCAACCAUUAUUACCAGCAGAACUGAGCUGAGCUGAACUGAACUGAACUGAGCUGAACUGAAACUUGAUUUCUUUUUUCAGUUUCUUGUUUUUAUUUCCUUUGAUUGAUUGGGCGAGCGAGAUGGAUUUGAGAGGACGGAUGGCAGUCAUGUAAAUGCGGAGUUCCCAAGAAGACGAGAGAGAUUGGUCCUAGCUACUUACUAGCUUUUCACUCGGAAGUUUCAACUCAAGUGUGUGUGUGUGUGUGUGUGUGUAUGUGGGGUGGAGUAUCUUUUGGCGCUUUUGGUUCUUGGCCAAGAGCGAUGACUUGGGGUGUCCACAUCACAGCUCAUUUUGUUUGGUCUCAUGUUGCA